AUGGCUCCCACGCGCCCCGCUACCGCGUCUCGUCCUCGUAACGGCGCAGUCCCAGCUACGGGAGCCCCCAACGGCCUCCCGGCUCCACCGCCUAUCCGCCCUACCCCGAACAAACCGAACGCUGCUCCCGGCGCCAGCCUCUUCCAGAACUUAGCCCCGACUGCCACCCCGAACCAGCCCGGGUUCUCCUCCACCGUCCGGACCCGCUCCCUCGACCGUAACCAACGUUUCGGGCGCGUUAGGAAGCGGACGUCCCCCAAGAAGACGCGCUCUCAGAUUCGCGUCGAUGUCGUAAAGGUUAAGAAGUCUGCUAAACAGCAAGAGCAGAUCCAGGAGGUCAAGGAGAAGGCGUUCAAGUUCAUGGACCUGCCGCCCGAACUUCGCAACAUGGUCUACGAGGAAACUCUCGCAGAUACUAUGGAGCAGGCUAUGCUCGUCUACCGUCCGCGCAUCGCGACCCUUCGCUCUCGCACCCGCCAGGCUCGCGGCCGCCCUCUCCCGGCUGAGCAGCUCGACAUCAAGACCUCCGGGCGCGAGCUCCGCGCCGCCGCCGAGCGCGAGAGCAGCCGCCCCUACUGCGGCCUCACCCAGGUCAGCCGCCAGGUCCGCCAUGAAUACCUCACCUGGUACUUGGAGCGCCAGGAGGUCUGUCUCGAUCUCGCCGAUAUCGUCAAGUACGCGUCCGUCUUCUACGACCGCGCCCAGCUCGACCCCGAUACCGCCGCGCUGGAUGAUGCACCCUGGAAGGGCUAUCUGACCAUUGCCAUCAGCGACACCGUCAAGCCGAUUGAGCGGGGUGGCCUCGAGCUCUGGCCGUUGCUGGACCUCUUCGCGAACUCAGAAAACAUCAGGGCGGCCUUUGGCCGCUACCUCAGGGGUAGCAUAACUGCUCCCGACGAUGGCGAGGGCAAGGACUUAUACCGCCUCCUCGGCGGCCGCAUCCUCCCCGACGCCUCCUGCGGCCCCAUAAACACGGACUGGCGCACCAUCCUGCGCGAGCGCCAGCUCGGCUCCGUCCAGGUCCACCGCGCGCCGCCGCUCCGUCCCGACCCCGUGUACGCGCUCCCUGCCGGCCAUCGCCAGCCCUUCACCCCGGCGCUCCGCUUGCGCCAGCGCCCGUACAUCGAGAUCCUAUUCAAGCGCCGCUACGCUGAGCCCUGGAUGCUGCGCCCGGACCCGCGCAUGCUGCGGCACUGGCUGGAGGACCACGGGUUCGACGCCAUGUACCACUUCGAGGUCAGGGUUGGGGUGUGCGGGCUGCAUGGUGAUGGGUGCUAG